GCACUGUUACCGCCGAUUAUAUUCGAGGCCAGUUUCUCGCUCAACACGGAUAUGUUCAUGAGCAAUCUCACAUCAAUAUUAGUCUUCGCGUUCAUCGGCACAACCAUAUCGGCCUAUGUUACGUCCAUAGGGUUGUGGACGUUCUCUACUACCUGGCUUGUCGGCCUUAAGAAUACAGAUGCCCUGCGGGGUUACUGUAUGACAUUUGGGGCUCUCAUCUCCAGUACCGAUCCAGUAGCAGUGAUGGCGCUCAUGAGGGGGUCCAAAUACCGACCCAAUAAGACAUUGCAUUCUCUGGUCUUCGGUGAGAGCGUCUUAAACGAUGCAGUGGCAAUCGUCUUGUUUGCAUCCUAUCAACAUCAACACACAACUGCCAACUUCAGCAUUCUAACGCCGCGGAGAUCCUCUCGUAGUUUAUAUUCCAUGAUAGUUACGUUGGGGUCGAUCAUAUUCGGGGUCCUCAGUGGAGCUCUGGUUAGCGGCACCUACCGCAAGUCGUCUCUCGGGAAGUACCCUAAAUACGAGAUAGCAUGUAUGUUCCUGUCUAUUUAUCUCACGUUCUCCCUAGCUGAGCUCCUUGGUCUGAGUGGAAUCAUGGCGAUAUUCUUCUUCGGAUUAAUUCUCGGUCGUUAUAAUUUCCACAACUUAUCCAAGUCGUCACAAGUAGCUUCAAAACUGGUCUUCGAAACUAUCGCUUUUAUAUCAGAGACUUUGGUCUUCCUCUACCUUGGAGUAGUAGCUUGCAUGUCUAUAGGAGAGUAUCAUUGGAACCUCUUACUGAUAAUCUUCACUAUGUUACUCAUUGUGUUCGCUAGAGCGUGUAAUGUGUUCCCUCUAGCAUGGGUCUUAAACCAUUCAACUCGACAUGAGCCUAUCUCUCGGAACUCCCAGAUUGUAUUGUGGCUGGCAGGAAUAAGAGGAGCUAUUGCCUUCGUAUUGAUGCUACGUGUACCCGCUAGAGUUGGUGAUGAUACCAGAGAUCUCCUCGUCACUACUACUAUAUCAGUGGUUUGCAUUACAACACUAGCAGGAGAGUCCCUG